GCACUAGCGACCUUGCUGCGGCCAUUGGCCGUACCAUGGAGGAUGAUCCUUGGGCAGCUCUGGACGAGGCAGAGUCUGAGGAGGAGGUAGAGGUGGAGCUCAAUGGGGACGAGGAUCCCGGGCUCGAGGAUCCCGGCAUAGGCGAGGAUGAGGGGGAGCUAGAGGAGAUAGAGGAGCAGCCGGAGGCUUUCCUCGAUGAGGAAGAGCAACUGGAGGAAGAGUUGCAACUGGAAGAAGAGUUCCAGGACGAGCUCCAGGAAGAGUUCGAAGAGCUGCAAGAAUUGGGCUGCGACACCGAGGAGCCGCAGAAAGACCCUGAGGCAGAGGAGGAGGUGGUGACGGCAGAGGACGAGGUGGUGCCAGGACGAGAAACCGAUAUCAAGCUGUCGGAUGUCCCGGAGGACAUGCGCGAGGCAGUGCAAGGAAGCUUGAGCUUGAAGCGCGUGCUCAAUCAGACCUAUGGCAGCUUCGAUGAAGGCAACAACAAGCGCCGGCGCUUGGAGGAGGAGCCCCCCAUGGAGCCAGAGCGGCAGGAGCUCCUGGACCGCUGGAUGCUCUCGGAGGAUCCGGCCGUGAGGUAUGUCCUGCAGAAUGCCAACCUGGAGGAUGUCCAAGUGGUGGCAAAGUCUGGGUGGAAGCCCAACAUUAGGGGCCAGGUCAUGAAGAACGGCAAGGAUCCCAAGUCUCCGGCGGAGCAGGUCAACGACAAGCUGAUCUUCGCCCGGGAAGACAUCCUGUGCAGCAGGGACAAGGUGGAUGUGAUCGAAGCCUGGAAAGUCAGGUGGAAGCUGGAUGAGGAUGAGGUGAAAUGCCUGGUGGAGGCUAGCCACAAGGAGCUCCGCUAUGUGCUGCGGGAGUACACGGGCGCCCGGCCCGUGGCGGAGCUGCUGGAGGAGGCCUCGGGGCAGAUGGUCCCAGAGGAGCCCGAGAACGCCGAGGAGGCAGCGCCUGACCAUCCCGGACUGCUUUGUGUCAGCAGGUUCAACCGCCUGGAGCUCAUCGACUCCGUGGCGGAUGCGCUGGUGGUAGGGGACGCGAACCUGACCUUCUCGGCCCUCCUGGCAGACCACCGAGAAGGCCUGGGGCACGUGGGCCGACUGGUGGCCACCACCUUCGAGACCAUCGAGACGCUGCGGGAGCGAUACCCCGAGAUUGACCAGACCAUCAAAACCCUUGAGGACAAGAUGUCGGAAGUGCUGCACAAUGUGGACGCGACCAGGCUGGCGGUGGAUCCGCGCUUCAAGGGCAUGGAGAACAAGUUCGGAGCUGUCUACUACAAUUUUCCCCAUGCAGGUGUGGUGCAGGGCUUUUUUGAUGGCCAUCCUUUCGUGCGCUGGCGCCACGAGAAUUUGAUGCACUUAUUCUUCAGAGCCCUCAGGAAUUUUGUGAAGAAGGGCAGCGUUGUGAAGGUUGCGUCCAAUGCAUUUGCCACUGGCGUGCGCUAUUCCGACAUCAUCCUCGGGGCGCAGAACAGCGAGUUCGUGCACGUGGAGACUGUCCCCUUCUUGGAGUGGCAGCUGAAGAACUACGGGCGGUCGUACGGCGACCGGCGUGACAAGCAACGGCGGCCGGAAGACGGGGAAAUCUACCGCUCUCAAAAGGCCCAUAGUGAUAUGGUGUACUGCUUUCGGUAUGAGCCCUCGGGCGAUGUGGUGCAGAAGGCCGUCAUCCGGCUGCCGCCUUCGCGGGACCAGCUGCUCACUGCCCAAGAGGGCCGCCUGCGGCGGAUGAGCAGCACAGAUCGCGAGCGCAGAGUGCAGGAGAUCCAUCACCUCUUCUACACGUACGUGCAGGGGGUUCACGUGGGCUGAGAGGUUUGCUUCAGCGUGCGGGCAGAAGCCACGGGGGCAGAUGCAGAAAAGAAAACA